AUGACAGACUACAAGAUUCCCUUCACCACCUUCCACAAUGUCAUCAACAAUGAGUUGACAAGCACAGCCACCACGCGGCACUCCUUCUGCCCUAGCAACGAGGAGGCCCUGCCAGAAGUCCCCGUGUCCACACAAGAGGACGUAGACCGCGCCGUGGCCGCGGCCAAGGCCGCUUUCCCUGCGUGGAAGAAGCUCUCCCAGGAUGAGCGGGCGGCGUACCUGGACAAGUUUGGCGCGGCCCUCGAGGCAAACAAGGAGGAGCUGACAGCCACCCUUGGCCGGGAGGUUGGCAAGCCGCCACAGGCUGCCGGCUUUGAGAUGUUCCUCACACAAGGCCUCGUUCAGGGAACGGCGGCGCUGCGUCUCAAGGACGAGAAGGUUAUCGAUGAUGAAGACCGGACUGCCAUCGUGCGUCAUGUGCCCCUCGGUGUAGGCGUCGGUAUCGUUCCCUGGAACUUUCCUCUUGCCCUCGGAGUGGGCAAGAUGGCACCCGCGCUCUUGGCCGGAAAUACAUUCAUCUGGAAGCCGUCGCCAUUCACACCCUACACGUCACUAAAGAUUGCCGAGAUCGGCGCCAAGGUGUUUCCCCCGGGCGUCUUCCAGGCCCUCAGCGGCGACGAGAGCCUGGGCCCGCAGCUCACGGGCCACCCCGACGUGGCCAAGGUGAGCUUUACGGGCUCGGUCGAGACGGGCAAGCGGGUCAUGGCGGCGUGCGCGGGCACGCUCAAGCGCGUGACGCUCGAGCUGGGCGGCAACGACGCCGCCAUUGUGUGCGACGACGUCGACGUCGACGCCGUCGUGGCCAAGAUUGGCUUCCUCAGCUUUGUGCACUGCGGCCAGAUCUGCAUGAACAUUAAGCGCAUCUACGUGCACGAGAACAUCUACGACAAGUUCCUGGCCGCUCUCGUCGCCAUGGUCAAGCAGUUCAAGCAGGGCGACCACGAGGACCCCGAGGCCUUCUUCGGACCCGUCCAGAACAAGAUGCAGCACGAGAAGCUGCAGGCCUUUUACUCGCAGAUUGGCAAGCGCGGCUGGAAGGUGGCGCUCGGCGGCGAGCCGGGCGCCAAGUCGGGCAAGGGCUUCUACAUGCCCCCGACCAUCAUCGACAACCCCGCCGAGGACGAGACCAUUGUGACCGACGAGCCGUUUGGCCCCAUUGUCCCCGUGCUCAAGUGGUCCGACGAGGACGACGUGGUCCGCCGGGCGAAUGCCUCGAAGCUCGGCCUGGGCGGCUCCGUCUGGAGUAAGGACGUUGCACGCGCGCAGCGCAUGGCACAAGAGCUCGAGUCUGGUAGCAUCUGGGUCAACACACACUUUGAGCUUGCCCCCAACGUGCCUUUUGGUGGCCACAAGGAGAGUGGCAUGGGAAUGGAUUGGGGAAUCGUCGGUCUGCAGGGCUGGUGCAACCCUCAAGCAUACUGGACCAAGCACUCGGGCGCUUAA